GUUCUACAUUAAUUUGUUGUAGCUAAAGUAGUAGAUUAAAUGUACUUAAAAUUCAUUAUUUUCUUAAUCGUUUCUGUUUUUAUUGUAAACCCUGUUGUGGGUCCUGAUGUGGCCACGAACCAAGCUCUAAAUGACGCUUUUCAAAAGAUUUUAAGAGGUCUCAGAAGAAGUAGUGAUAGUUACAUUACAUUGGAACAGUUUUUGCUGAAUGUGGCUGAUAACAGAGGUAUAAGCAGAACUGAUGCAAUGAAAGUGGUUGAUGCUUACUACAAGGGCUCUGGAACGCCAUUUUUACAAAAUAUUAAAUAUAAUGACUUUUAUUAUCUAGUUAUAAACCUCUGCAGCCAUCUCAAGUAUGUUUCAGUACAAGAUUUCGCUAGCCGUAUAUAG